AGUAACUGCGAUUAUGCUGGUCGUCUGCGAAUGACUGCAGUUUUUUUAUGUGUGAUACUCUAUCGCACUAAACGCCCGCUCAGGAACACAUGCAAUCGAAACUACUGAGAACUAUGACUGAUGACUACUGCGAAGAGAAGUGAAUCUAUGUGGAUAAUUAAAUAUUUUUGAUGGUACUAUCCUUGCCAGGUCUUUUGAAGGUGAGGAAGCGUUGUCCAUAUCGUGCAUAGAAGCAUGCCGUCACACAGUCCAAUGGAUUACAGUAAAACGAUGGCUCCUCCAGUUCCACCUCAUAAACCCAAAGUCACCCAGCCCGGCGAAUCUCAGGAGCGGGCGCUAAAGUGUGUUUUGUUAGGCGACGGAGCGGUGGGGAAAACAAGCCUGGUUGUCAGCUACACCACCAAUGGUUACCCAACGAAAUACGUGCCGACGGCAUUCGAUGACUUCUCAGCGGUGGUACAGGUGGACGGCAACCCGGUACGGCUUCAGCUGUGUGACACUGCUGGACAGGACGAGUUUGACAAGCUGCGGCACUUCUGCUACCCACGCGCCGACGCCCUGCUGCUGUGCUUCAGCGUGGUCAGCCCCGCCUCCUUCCAGAACGUGUGGGAGAAGUGGGUGCCCGAGAUCCGCCGGCGCUGCCCGCUCACGCCCGUGCUGCUGGUGGGCACCCAGUGCGACCUGCGGCAGGACGUCAAGGUGCUGAUCGAGCUGGCCCGCCGGCGCGAGCGGCCCGUGCCCGAGGCCGACGCCCGCGCCCUGGCCGACAAGGUCGGCGCCGUGGCCUACGUGGAGUGCUCGGCCCUCACACAGAAGAACCUGAAGGAGGUGUUCGACGCCGCCAUCGCCACGGGCCUGCGCCACGCCGAGCGCCGCGCCCGCCGGGAGCGCAAGGUCCGCAGCACGGCCGACAAGAUGAAGACGCUUUCCAAGUCCUGGUGGAAGAAGUACGUCUGCAUACAGUGACACGGAGAGACGGGUGUGGGG